AAUCGAUUACUUUUUAUUUGAUUUUAACAAUAUAAUAUACCUAUUAUUAUGUUAGCAAUUUGUAUUGCACGGCUAAAUGUUCGCUGCGGCUGCGCACUUAUAAAUUAUAACGGCGACGGUGGAGGAGAAGAUAACAGAUAGCGCGCGGGUGCAACCAUAGUACGUUGAAACCGCGUCGAAAGAUCGAAUCUGAGUGCGACACUGGCACACUGCGUCGGAAACGCGUACGGCGGACAUCGAAUUUUGAUUUUCCGUAGCGUCCCCGGUCGCCUUUGUUUAUUGUUAUUAAUUUCAGUUUUGUAAAUCUCGUACAGUUAUUGGAUGUUCGUAGUGCGUUCGAAUUUCACGUCGGUUGUCCAUCGCGUUUACCUCCCUACGCUGCCUUUACGCGCUGCCGUAUAAUAUCGACGAGUCUAACACUCGUCGAUAGUUGCAUAUUUCGUUGUUGUUUCCAAACACAAAAUAAUGUCGCGAAGAAGUCAAACAUUGCCCGUGGCCGUGGAAUCUGAUACAGAUUCUGAAGAUUCAACCAGGUUUAAUAUAGGUAAACACCCAUAUAUUCAUAAUGGCCGUUUCGAUGGCAUUGUUGCCGUUAGCGUAAUCCGUUUUACCGCGUUCGCCGUUGUUUUCGCAAAUGUCGCCGACGUCGUUGUCGCCACCACCGCGCAUCUGUAGCGGUGUACCGUACCUACCAUGUCCGCCCAUUUGGCCUUUGUUGAUUUCUAUUGGACUGGCCACCAGAAAUAAUUUUUUUUACCGCGCAAUGUCUCUUAAUUUAUAUCUAAUUGAUUUCGUUGGAUAUUUUAGAUCCAUUCGGCAUUCAGUUUAAUCAUCGAUUGUCGGAACGUUUUCGGUCACCUAAAUACUUCCGCCCAUGGCAAAAUAAAUUUAUUGAAUACGUUUAUUCCGCCAUGCUUCCAUCGCAUUGCAAUUUGGACAGAACUACUUAUUUAAUGAAUCGAUUUGGACAUAGGCAUGAAUGAUCUUAAAAAUUAUGCGAUUAGUUGAUUUGGAAUAUUAUUCAAUCACUAAAAAUUUAAUUUCUAUUCAAUUAAUUUGUACUCUAAAGUUCAGACCAUAAUUCUUUAUCUAAUAAAUGCUUAUUUAAAUUUUUAGUAGUUAUUUUGUUCGCAUAAAAUAGUUAUGCUUUAAUAGAUUAAAGAUUGGAAACAAUUGACUGAUUAAAAUAUUAUUAAAAUUAUACUAUACAUUUUUGUUUUAUAAUUUUUGUUACUUAUAUGUUAUAAUAGUUGUACCAUAUUUAAAUAAUUCAAAUAAUUGGAAAGAUAAAAUUAUUCCAACAUAAUAAAUUAUUGAUAUAUACCUACCUUUACAUUGAAUUUGUGUGAUACUAAUUCUCAGAGCAACUUGAGUUUUGGUUUAUCAGUUAGGUUAAGCAUAAGCAACCUCUUAAUGAACAGGUAUUUCAUAAGGGUUAAGGUUAAGAAAAAUAUGGUAAGCAUUUUUACAUAAAUAGAUAAAUAGGUUAGCAUGAGUUCUUUUAUAUUAUAUUGUAGUUCGAGAAGAGUUUGUAAAUUUAAUUAAUUAAGGAUUACAAGAACUGGGAUUUUUUCCCAAGAUUUGAGAUUUGACUAAGUAUGAUCUUUUUUUUAUUUAUUUUAAUAUGUAGGUAUUACUAUAAAGAAAUAGUAACCUAGUUACAGAGUGAUUUAUUUUUACUAUAAACCAACAAUUUCCUUUGAGGAUUUAAAGUGAAUUCAAUUUCAGUUUUUUUUAUUCAUUAUGAAAAUAACUAUCAAUUAAAAAGUUAUGCAACUUAUUACACUCCUUUAGUUAAAACUUUAAAUGGUUAUACUUAACUCAUAAACAAUAAAUCUGAUAUUAGUGUUAUGCGUAAUUAUUCAAAUGUUUAGAAAAAUAUUUUCUCAAUUCGAUUUUGUGUUCAGAAAAGGGGUGGGUUCAUAUUUGAAAAACAAAAGUAUAUAAUUAUUUAAGGUAUAUGGAAUAAAGAUAAAAAAUUAAAAAUAGUUUUAAAAUAAAGCUUAAACAAUUCUAUAAUGAUUAAAAGAAAACAGAAAUCAAAUUCACUUAAGAAGAAACUAUACCUACAUGCACUGUUUUAGUCAAACUCAUGGGCAAUAUAGUAAAAUCAGCCUUACACAGACUGUGUACAACUUGCUUAAUUUUGGUUUUAUAAUAAAAGCACCUAUUAUGAAAAUUAAAAGAGAGCAAGACUAUGAGUUUCUUUUUAAAAUUAAUUUUUGCAAUGUUAGUCAUUUAAAACAAUGAAUUAGUUUUAAAUUUCUAAAUGAUGUAUUGAACAUUAUAUCCUGGAUAAUAAUUAGAAUAAUGAAUAACGCAUCAACUUGCCCUCUGGAAUAUUAUCUUCUUUUAAUUUUAUAGCAGGUGAUAUUUUACUCUAAAACCAAAAUUAAGCGAGUUUUACACAGUCUGCUUUAGGUAGAUUUUACUAUAUUGCCUGUUAGUUAGACUGAAACAGCAUGAGCAUCCUCUUAAAAUUCUCCGAGAUAAUUGCUGGUUAAUGAUAAAAAAAUCACCAUGUACAGAUAAGUAACCUAGUAACUUAAUUUCUAGAUUAAAAAUUAAAAUUAAAUAAUCAUAUAUUGAAUAAUACUUUUAAAGUUUUGAAACAUUAAAAAAAACCUACAUAAUCAUAUUGCAUAUUUAAUAAUUUGAAAUACAAAAAAUUGUACUAUAUUAUAAUGUAUUUCAUUAAAUAAAAUAACCUUUUUUUUUUUGAACUUAUUAACCAUUUAUAUUAAAAGUAGAUUUUUACAAUCAUAUCAAAUGUUUUAAUGAAGUAGGUAGGUAUUUAAUUGGUUAUCAAUCAAAUUAUAUAAUCCUUAUUGUUAGUAUUUUUUUUUUUUAAACAAUAAAUUUGCCCCGAAUAGGAAGGUGAAUAAAUGUUUAAAGGACAGUAAUUAAACAAUUAGUAGUUCUUUAAUUAUAUGUCAUUAAAACGAAUAAAGAAAAAUCUUAAUUUAAGACUGUUUAUAUACCUAUAGGUAUAUACUUUGGUGUAUAUUUGUAGAGUUUUAUGAACUUCAGUUUUUUAUUAUAAAACAAACUAAAAUAGUUGUUAGUACUAAAAUGUAAACUCACAAAAGGCUUUCACUUUGUUUAUUAUGAUGACAUCUCUUACCACAGGAAAUUGAUAAUGUAUAUUUUUUUUAAUUUAUAUUCAAAUGCACCUAGAAAUAUGCACUUUGUUAAAUAACUUAAUGAAAUCUGUUUAAAUUGUGUAAAUGAGUAUACACAAUCUGUAUUUGAUAAGGUAAUAAAUAUUAUUAUUUUUGUUUCUUUUUAAGGGCAAGAAGUUUGGUGUGAGUGGAAUAGCAUAUUCUACAGAGCAAAAAUAAAUAAAGUUGGAAUUUAUCUCAGUGAGCAGUAUUACCGCAUACACUAUUGGAAAUUUUCAAAAUCGUUAGUCUUUAUGUCUAAAAUAUAUUAAAUGUAAUGAGAACUAGUUCUUAUUAGUUUUAAAAUUGUUUAGUUGGGAUAUGACUGUCGCGGAAUCAAGACUAAUGGAAUACACAAAAGAGUCAAUUAAGCGAGUGACAAAAAUAAACAGAGAUAGAAAGUAAACAAUUAAUUAAAUUUUAUUUUUUUCAUAUUUGUAUUAUAAAAUAUAUUUUUUUUUAGUCGCAAAAAAAAAACUGAAGUCCAAUUAAGAAAAGAAAUUUUAGUAAGUAUACCACUUCAAGAAUAGAAAAAUUAUUAAAUUUAAUAAGAAAUAAAUAAAAUAGUGAGCAAAGAAGUUUAAACUAUUUAUAUUUUUUGUGAUAAAAGUACAAAUUUUAAAGUUAUAAAAAUAAUCUCAGCAAAAUUAUUGGGUUGUCUCUAAUACUUAGUUACAGUUCCACAUUUAAGUAAUAUUAGUUAAUAUUAUUUCAUUUUAUGUUUUUAUAAUUAAAUGACAGGAUUCCAAUGAGACUUAAAGGUAAGUUCUAAAAGAGUGUUGUAAGAUCGACUUUGUUUUAUGGAUCGGAGUAUUAGGGGGUAAAUAGAAGAAUAGAACAUCAGGAAUGCUUAGGUGGAUGAGUAGUGCGGCAAGAAAAAAUAGGAUAAGGUAGGAGUAUAAAAGAGGUACUGUAAGUGUGACUUUGAUAGUGGACAAAAUGAGAGAAAAUAGAUAAGAUGGUAUGGGCAUGUCAUGAUGACAGACUAAUUAGUAUCAGUAAGAAUUAUAAUGAAAAUAGUUGUAGGACGAAAGAGAGGUAAAAGAAGACUAAAAAAGAGUUGGUGAAUGUGAUUGAGAAUGAUAUGAUGGCUGGUGUAUGCGAGGGGAAUUUGAGAGAUUGGGUUGAGUAGAAGAGAGUAGUAGACCCAAAAUAAGUUGGGAUGGAGGCAAAGAAGAAGACUUAAUGUUUUUAUAAUUAAACUUGUUGAUUGCCUGACAAUAUAAUUUGAACCUUUGGAGAUAAAACAGGAAUUUCAUUAUUUUAUUGUAUAUAUAUAUAUUUUGUACAUUUUAUUCAUGUUAUUGUUAAAUUCUCUAUUGAGAAUGUUUAAACAAUGAUUUUAUUAGUUCAACAAUUUUUAAUAGGGAUAAAAUUUAAUAUGUAAACCAAUUUUAUUAAUUAUUAGUGUAAUAUACUAUAAUUGGUAGCUUAAAGGUGUAUUUAUAGGUUUUUUAUAGGGUAGAUUUUAAACUUUACAAAAUUGUGUUAUGUUUAUAAUUGAUAAUACACAUUUAGGAUUUAUAAUUUGAUACUGUGGUUUUUUAUGUGUAUAACCUUUCCACAUCAUUAACUAUCCAUGAAAACACAGUUGAUCUACUAAAUUGUUUUUAUUAAUAGUACAUUACAAACAUUUAUUAUAAUUAUUUAAUUAUUGGAAAUCUUUAGACUGAAGCACAAAAAAGAAUUGUUGAGCAAAAGCCAUACUUGAAACUUCAAAGAGUUGAUGACCGAUUUUUUUUUUCUAAUGGAUUUGGUGGAAACUACAAUUUAGGCUUUCCAAAAGGAAGAAGAGUACGUAGAAUAGUGAAAGUAAGUGGAAAGAAUUAACUAUAUUUAUUUACCAGACAUCUUAAAAAAUCUAAAACCAAAAAAAAUAUUUGUGAUAUUCAUCUAAAUUUAAAACAAUCAUAAAUUUCGAGUAUUUUAAUGUUAUAAUAUUAAUUGUUAAUAAUAUCAAAUAUUUAUUAUAAAUUUCUUAGAAUAAAAAUGUAAAUUUUUGACAAAUAAAUAAUAACUAUAUAUUUACUCAUAUUUUGAUAGAUUAAUGCAUCUUCAUCUUGCUUACUUUGCUAAUUAAAAAACAGUAAUCUCAUUAAAUGAAAUUCAAUUGCUUCAAAAAAUGAAUUUAUACUUCAUUAUUUUUACUGUGUUUGUAUUGUAUUGUCAUUACAUACAAUGUCAAGUUUUACUUGUCUACAGGUGUGCUUAAAAUGUAUUACAGUAUGUAUGUAUAAUUGUACUAAUUUCAUAUUAUCCAUACAGGCUAUUUUUGUAUUUUAGACAUUUUGCAAAAUUAAUUUGAAAUAAAGUUUAAUAUAUUUAUUAAACUAACUUAAUUAUUUUAUACACAUUACACACUUUUUUAAAAAUCCUAAUUUGUUGUCUGGAUUAAAUUGUGUUUUUUAUUAUUAGUAACACAUAUUUACAUUAAAAAAUUAAUAAUUUUCAGAGAUCGUCUAAAUCAUCAAAAAACCUUUCCGUCCGAUCUAAAAAAACAGAAAAUGCCCGUAAAUUGAAGCCAACUCCAAAAAAAAAAAAAAGUUCGUAUUAUAGUAUUUAUUAUAAUUAAUAAUUAUUCUCUCAUCUUAAAUUAUCAUAUAGAUGUUGUCAUUGAUAGAAAACUAAAGGUUUUGGUUUUAUUAGGCGUAAAACCAAGCAAGAGCUAAUUAUUUGUAUUGUGCUCUGGUCUGUUCAACUAUUGAGUAUAGUUCUAUCAUCUGGCAUCCUUGCUAAGGAAUAAAUAUGAAUUGGAACGGGUCCAGCAUAGAUUUUUAUUGGUUACCGCUUUCAGACUUAAUUUACCAUCUCCACAUUUUUUCAACAAAAAUUUUGCUCAAUUUCGAAUCUAUUUUAAAUUUUACAAAAGACUACAGAUAGAACAUAAUGGUACUUUAUGAAGAUAAUUGUUUAAACUUUUUUGUAUAUUUCCUUAAGCAUCAUGUUUUGUCGUACUUAUUUUGAAUAUUAUUUGGUAACGUUUUAUUAUAUUUUUUAAUAUUAUUUUUUAUGAAUAUUUAGAUGCAAUAAAGUGUAAUUUUCUUACUUUGGUAGUAGUUCCGUUUGAAAUUCAAGGUCUCAAAUAGAAAUGCUUAAUUUUAGUAUUUUAUGAAAGUGUACUAUGAUAUCAGCUGUAGGGAAAUGUAGCAAAAGCAAUUCCUGAAAUAAUUUUGGAGUUUAAUUGGGUCUCUAUUUUUAUGACCUUAUUGUAGUAAAAGAGUUGGAACAUGCUUUAUCCUCCGCAUACAUUUCUUCAGCUUAAUCUGUACUAUGCCAGUUGUACAGUAAUAAUGGCUAAUAGAAACAAUUUUCUGUAUUAUAAAAUGGCGAGGAAAUUAUGGCUUGUUACAAAAAUGACCAGAAAUAAGUAUGUCUAGUGGAAAGUAUGGUCAGAUGAAAAAUUUUAUUUAAAUAAUAUUUAUAUUCCGAGUGUAUUAUGGAAUAUAUUGGUUAAAUUUUUUUAUCUGUGUUUGUGUUGGAGAAAAGAGGUGGUUGGAUUCAAUGGAGAAUAAUAAUUAAACAGAAUGGAGGGUGUAUGUAAGGAUAAUGUGGGAGAUCAGGUAGUUCUUUAAGUUUAGGAUGAGGGUAGCCAUCCCUAAAUAUUUAGGAUGAAGAUUAAUGAGAUGAAAUGUAAACAUUAUUCUUUUCUGGUCAUUUUUGUAUUUGUCUAUUUUGGUAUAUUGUUAUUUUAUCUGUGGUCAUUUUUGAUUUGGCUAUUAUUACCAUUUAUUGACUCAUGUUAGUUGUAUAGAUGAAUGAAAAGCAAGUGUGAAAGUACUGAGCCUCUGGGUAUUCCAUAAAAUAGCCAAACAUUUUUGGAACCAAAUCAUAAUUAAGUCAAAAUAUUUAUUAGCUUAACAUAUAUUGGGUGAAUCGUGAAACAGCUGAAAUGUACUUCAUCUAAACAUUUUAUAGCCGAACAAAAUAACAGUUGUUGAAGUGUAUUUCAAUUAAACUAUAUUUUAGCUAAAAAAUUGCAGCCGAAUCGUAUUUCAGCCGAAAACAACUUUGAUUAUAUUAUAUAAUAGUCAUCUGCAAUAGGGAAUACCCUAUACGGUAAAUAAUAGGAUUAAAUUCUCAAUAAAUGGCGAUUAGUAACAAAAAUUCACUAUUUGACAUUUUAUUUUGGCCAUCUCUAUAUGUGUUCUAUAUUUAGGUAUGUUGCGAGGAAAUAUAAUUUUUAACAUUUUAAUGACUUCCUUUAAAAUAAUACUUUCCCAUUUCUAUUGCUAGUUAUCUUACCAAUAUUAAUCUAUUACUCUAUUACUAAUUAAUAUAAUAUUUCCUUUUAAUUUUUAAGAUUGGUAAACAACUAUAUUUUAUAGACUGUUUUGUACUCUGGUUUAAAAUAAAGGAGUACAAAAGUUAAUAAAACAAUUUUAAAUUGACCUUUUUAGAAAAAAAAACAUAUUAUGAAGUUUGAGAUAAAAUUAUUGAAAAACAAAGCUCAAUGUAUUAUGUAAGAAGAUUUCCUCUAUCCAACAACAAAUAAAUUUUGUAAUCUGAUCAUUCUACAAGACAUGAGCAUAUUUCUGUAAGGCAUAUUUUUGAACCAAAAAUUGUUCUAACAUGGGCCUUUUACCAGGUCAGGAUACCGUGAUGGAAACUAAAUUAAAGCAUAUCACAAGACAAUUUCAGAAAUAUAUAUCAUUUUGAAUAAAAACUGUUUCCGGUGGGCAGUGAAUCAUUAUGGCAGUUCAUUGUAUUGAUAUAACCAUUUCAAGGUAAUAUUUUUGUGAAUUGAAGGUCACCAAUGUAGUGAGAAGGUAGUCAUAGUUUUGUGCUUGCAACUUGUAUAUUCAAAGAAAAAUAGUAGACACCGUUGUAAGCGAAACAGCAAAUAGUUAUAAUAAUAACAUUAAUACAACGUGCAUGAUCAUAGGAGCCCGCAGAAAUUUUUCUAGGGGGGAGGGGCAAUUUUAGUAUUUGAAGAGAACUAUUAUAGUUUACUAGGUAUUUUUAAAACAACAACUUUUUUUACUAUACUCGUAUACAAUAUAUUUUAUUAUGUUACAACUUACAGGUAUAGGUAUAGGUAAAGUUAAUUUAGAAAAUUAAUUUUCAAAAAGAAAUUUUAAUUGUCUCGCAUCUCUUUCGAAACGAUCAACAAUUUCAUCAUAAAAUUUGUUAUUUCUAAUUAGGUCAUUAAUCGUAGAUUUAUGUACAUUCUUCAUGCAUAAAGCAUUGAGUCUUUCGUUGGUCAUGGUAGAGCGUAACCAGGUUUUAAUCCUCCAUGCUAAAAGUAAGUGCUAAAGGAUCGCUCAGCAAUACAAGUAGUUGCCGGGAAGCUAAGGCCAAUAUAAAUUGCCAAAAAUACGGAUGGGUAAAAUUGUUCUGAUUCAUUUAGUAUAUCUAGUACAUUUUUUGAUUUUUGAAUUUUUGAGCUAUUGUGGUAAUCAUACCAAAUUAUUGAUUCAGCUGCAAAAUUGUCUAGAAAAGACCUAUACUUUUUUGAAAUUUUUUCAGUAAGUGAUCUAUAUUGAUGUUCAUUGAGCUUGCUCAUAUAUUCUUGUAAUAAUUGAAAAAUAGAAUACUAAUAGAAUUAUUAUACAAAUUAUAUAGUUGAAAAGCACAGCUUUUUGUAUUGCGGUUUACAUUGCUUUCCGAUAGUUUUUGCAAUGCUUCCAAUAUUAUGUUAAUAUUUUCUUUAAAUAUCCUUUUACUUUUGUAUUUGGCUAUUCAGCGCGUUUCGCAAAAUAGAGGAAUGUUUGGAAUUUAUUUUCUUCUUAGAGAACUUUCUCGGAAAAAAUUGAUUGAAUCUUUUAUUGUUCCAACCGUGUUAUGAAUUUCGGAAACAUCACUCAAAUCAUUCAUAACUAAAUUCAACAUAUGAGAAUUACAAUGAAAAAAGUUUGCGUUCGGAUAUUUAUCUUCAAUUCGUUUUCUAACUCCACUUAUUUUUCCUACCAUAGUAGAAGAGCCGUUAUAGGCUUGACCGACCAUUUUUGAUAGAUCAAGCCCAAAUUUUAUGAGAGUGGACAGAUUUUGUUCAGAUAAAGUUUUAAUAUCCAGACAUUGCAAUGGUGCAAAGCCAAAAAAUUCUUCCCUUACACAGAAUUCACCGGUUGACAUUUUAUGCAUGAAUCGUACUCCCAAUGAAAGCUGCUCUAUACUGGAUAUAUCACAUGAUUUAUCAGCUAUAGCUAAAAAGAACUGGCUUUCCUUUACAUUCUUAAUUAUAUGUUCUAGUAACACUUGAUUACAUAUAUUUAUAAGUUCAUUUUGAAUCCUAUGUGAAACAUGAAUUGCAUUUGCUGGAGAAUUUUGCAAAUAGUCAUUUAAAAUGGUGUCUCCUGCAUCUACUCUAAAUUUUAAUAAGCUAUUGAAGAUAGCAGUCUCGUCAGUUUUUCUUCUUAAAGGCAUGUUGUCUAUACCACAAAAAACUAUUGUUUUGACUAUUGGUAUUAGUUUCACUCUAUUUGACUCUAUUGUUUGUUGUUGAGCAGAACUCAUAAGUUGAAAAACACUUUUUUUUAUUAUUUUCUAAAAUAUUACAAAAAUUGUUUGCUCUAUUUGUUGAGUUACGGUGCUAUUUAGAUUGAAGAUGAAGUUUCACAGAUCCAUGGAAAUCUUUAUAUUUUGUUAAUUCGUUAAUAAUGAAUCAACCUUGCACUCCUCGAUCCAGUUGAGGCUUGAAUAAUACACAAUAACGACAUAAAACUUCUUUUAAUUUUGUAGUAAAAAGAUAAUCUACUAACCACUUGAGACAAAAUAAAUGAUUUCCAGUAUCAGAGUCUUUUUUAAAAUCGUACGAUUUAUCGACUACCCAUACUUGUUUUGAUGCUUUAUAAAUGAUCUCGUCCGACAAUUUUCCAUGAUUUAUAAAAUUCCCAAUAUCAUAAAAAUCAAUGUUUGCAAAAUCUUAAAAAAAUUAAUUAUUCAAUUUAAACUUAAAAAUAUAAUUUCCACCCAAUUAUAUUGAUGCAGAUCUGAAAAUAAUAUCUGUAUAAUUUUUAUGUACUAUUAUGGUUUAAAUUUAAUUGUUAAAUAUAUUUAUAAAGACGUCUUUAUAAGGUACCUUAUAGUAGAUACGUAAUAAAGUAGAUGUUUCAUCAAAAGAAGUUGACUGAUCUAUUUUUGUUUAUUUUAGCAUUGUCGUGUUCAAGUUCUAAACGUGGUUUUUGUUUAAAUUAUCUUCUCAAAUCCAUUUUCUAAAAAAUUUGAAUAAUCGCCAAAUUAUCUUUGAUAGACCGACAGAUUUACAAAACACACCAAUUAAUGAGUAUCGAACUUGUGAUCACGAUAAUACAAUAUUAAUAAUAUUAUAUGGGUAAACAAUUACUAAUCAGUAAUCACUUUAGAUAGAAUUAGGUAGGUAGAUAUGUUAUGAUAGAGAAUAUUAUAUGGGAAGUUAUUUUGCUAUGGAAAGACCCGAUCUAAAAAUACAAUUAUCAAUCGACUGCAAAUCAUCUAAUCUAAUGUUUUUUUAAUGGUUUUAAUAAUUUAUCUUAAAACAUUAAAUUUAAAAAAUAUUUUGAAAAAGUCAGGAGGGGCAAAUGGCCCAGCUUGUCCCCCUCCGGGCGCCUAUGUACAUGAUAAAUAUUAAACAAUAACAAUAAUUAAUUCAUAUAACCAUUAUAGCCAGAUGACUUAAAAAAAAAAUUCAAGAUUAUUUAAGCUGACUGUAUUUAAACCGAAAAUUAUUCUUUCAAAAAUGAUGUCCGAGCCAGAAAAUAUUCUCGCUGAUAAUAUUUUAGUCUCUAGUUGCAAUUUAAAUUAAUCAGUAAAUGUUAAACGCCAAAAUUUUAUUCAAAAUUUUAAAUAUUGUCCAUGGAACAUGGAUCAUUUAUGGUAACCAGUAAAUAUCACACUAUCAAUUCUCUAAGAUACAAAUUGAAAUCACAAUAUCAUAGAUCAGUAUCAGAUUGAGGUGGUGAUCGAUAUUUUAUUCGAAAAUAUUUCGUUAGAAAAUAAUUCCCCAGAGAAUGUCCACGAAAAUUAUUCAAACAGAAAAAUGUCUAGAAAAGUAUUUUAGUUAAAAAAAUAAUUUAUAUGGAAAUAUUACAGUCGAAAAUUGUUCAAGUAGAAAAAUUAUUUUACUAUACUCUAUUCGGAAUAAGAAGAAUAUAUUCAAUUUCAGAAUUUUCAAUUAGUCGAAAACUAGUCGCUGACGGUCAUAGCCACGCCUAUUCUUAUAAUAUUCGCUCUUCGAGAUGGCAGUGCCAGUGCUCUCCGUGCUUAGGGAAGGCCACGCCCAUACGCAUAAUUCGGCCGCCAACUACUGUUCUUAUUCCGAAUAGAAUACAGAAAAGUAUUUGUCGUGAAAUAAUUUAUAUGAAAAAAUAUAACAGACGAAAAUAAAAUGCUUAAAAAGCUUUUUGUCCAACAAUAUUGUUAACGAAAAAUAAAUUUGCCGAAAAAUAAUUUAUUAUGAACGUAUUUUGUUAGAAAAUUAGUUUUACCAAAUACAAAUAGAGCGCACUGGUUUAGAGUGUGUAUUUUGCUCAACAUAGAUUGAUGUUAUUGAUUACAUAAUAUUUUAGUAGCGUUAGGAUCACGGACGACUAACAUACUGGACUGGAACAACAUGGCAGACGGAGGACCGGGCUGCUUAAUGCCCGUGGAAGAGAACGAGUAAAAAAGGGAAACAUACGUGAGCUAAUAUAGCGCAGCCUGGCGUACCAUAGGCAUACUAUUCCCUUCUAAACAUAAUAUUAUAUAUAAUAUUACGUACAUUAGUUCAUUCAUUAAACGCUGCGCGUGUGCUGCCACACAAAUUAGUGCCCCCAACCAAAAAUUAAAAGUGGAAAAUCUCAACGGAUUGACGGAAUUGACAAAUUUAAACACCAAAAUUUAAUUUAACUACCAUUCAAUCUAUUUAUGAAAUUUUAAGUAUAGGUUGCCAUUUGAAAAUCAAAAGUAGAUAGUACUUUCACCCCCAAAAAUUAAGGUGACAAAAAAUAAAAUAAAUGUAAAAUUGCAGAGCUGCUUGUUUCUUAAAUUUUCUACAAAAUAUUUAUUUUGUAAAUGUAAAAAAAGUUAAUAUAUUCCGAGAUAAUGAGUGUUUGAUAGAUUAAGAUAUCUGAUAGAUUGAUCACUCUGUAUAAUUAUUGGAUGGAAACACGAUUAAUGAUACGAUGAACGAUCAAUACCGUCACCUUAGCUCGUGAUGGCUGAGGACAGAAAUACAUUUGGCAAAUAGGUUUUCAUUGAAGUAUAGAUGGCGCCAGAUUAUUUCAUGUAUGAUUUAUCCUUAUAUACCUAUCCUGGACACUAAGAGUUCUGUGGUAACCAUCUCAUUUCCACUCCAAUAGGUUAGGUUAUGUAUAGUAUGUUAGUCCGUGAUUAGGAUCAGAUAUAUAAAGACAGUCUCACGAAGAUAUACUCCUUGAAUAUCUCUGGAGACAAUAAAGAUAAUCGAAUUUUUUUUUUAGGCGUCUAGAGACAGCCCACGAUUAAAUUCUUUAUCAAUUAUAAUUGUAAUAUUUCUUAUCAAAUAUUAUAAUUAUUAUGCAUGACAAAAUGUUAUCAACAUAAAAAUACAAACCACAGAAAAUUUUACAAACAUACAAAAAAAAAAAAGUAUAUUGUUUUCAAAAUAAUAAUAAUAAGUAUAUAAAUGUAGUUAGCAUAAUUUAUGUCUUAUUUUCCAUAUGCAUAAGAAAACCCAUCGUUCAGGUCAUCUAUUAUUUGUUUUCUUAUGUUGGUUUAUAUAAUCGUUGUUCUUCUGGUAUUUUUAAACGAAGUUUUUUAGUUAAAAAAGAUCGCAACUUGUUCUAAUCAUUUUUAUUGCCUUGCAUUUUCAUUUAAUGAAUCAAGAAUGUUAGAUUCUUGUUUAAAUAGUAUUUUUAAAUUUGAGUCUAAAGAUAAAUUAAUUUUAUGUAGCUUUUCAUCAUUUAAUUUAUCUGCUUGUGACACAAACAAGCUGUGCAAUUGAAGGGCUCUUGAGGUACAAGAAGGGCAUUUUCCAGAAAAAGUGUUUUGAGAUAAACGAAAUUAAAGUUUCAAAUGUGUGACACUUUUUGGAUCUGCUCACAUAGUUAUAAAAUUUGUGUCACAUGAAAGAUCGAAUCUUAAAAAAAAAAUAAUUAUAUCUUUGUUUUGUUUUUCUUUGUGUCCACUAAGUUUUAAAUUAUUAAUCAAUCAUUAAUUAAAAUUUCAAAUUAAAAUUGUAUAUACUUAUAGUGUAGAGGUCGCCGAGUUCAAAAAAAAAUUUUAAGCAAAAAGGGCAUUUCCGUGAAAAUGCAUUUCUUUUACCUAGCCCCUCAAUUGCUGAAUUUUGUUUGCAAUGCUAACUGCAGAUGGAGAAAUAAUUUGCUGCAUAUCAGAUAUUUUCAUAUAAAUUUCUUCUGUAUCCAUUGGAUUAGUAUAAUCAUUUUUGACGUUAAUAUCAUUGUCAUUUGACAUGUUAAUUUUCAUAACAUGAAUAUGUUUACACGUAUUAGUUUCUAUUGUGUAGUCGUAACAUGUACAUGCGAGUAAAAUAAUGUACACAAACUCGUGUGCAGGUUAUUUGAUAAAAAAUAUUAUAUUAUAAUUGAUAAGAAAUUGGCUCUUGGCUGUCUCUAAACGCUCGAUUUUUUUUAUAUUACACGCAGGGAAGAGGACAACAAAUAUUUAUACUUUAAUUAUUAAUAUUUUUUUAAUUAAAGAAAUUAAAAAAAUGUAUUUUAUUUUAUUAUAUUCGGAAAAUUUUAAGUUGGCCAUUCUGUAAAAAUUAUUUUCCUGAAAAUUGUAAUGCAUCACACAUUUAUUUCCGAUGAAUAGUUCCUAAGUAUUUUAGACAACCAUUUUAAAUUCCACUAAUCUGUGUGAAAACUGAUUUUAUCCAUACUGUGUUACGCGAUAACAUUGGUUUUCUCACAGAUUAGCAGAGUUUGAAAUGGCUGUUACUUAGAAACUAUUCAUCGGAUAUAAAUGUGUGAUACAUUAAAAUGUUCAGAAAAAUAAUUUUAACAGAAUGGUUUUUUUUAAAUUUUUUUCAUAAAAAAAAAAUGUAUUCAAAUAUAAAUAUUUGUAGUGUGCCAUUCUUUCCUGUGGCUAAUAUAAAAAAACAGAAUUUGGUUAUUUUUAUUAUAAUUGGAAAUAUUCAAGGGGUAUAUCUUCCUGGGACAGACUGUAUAUUACUAGAUGCCUGACUGCAAAUUUAAGGAAGCCUGGUAGCCAUGUACAAAUAGCUUAAUAUUUAAAAUUUGUUAUCAAUAUUCUAGUGAUAAUGAAAAAAUUUUAAUUUUAAUAAUUAUAUUAUUAUUUUUAAUUUUAUAAAUUUAAUUUAUUGCUACAUGAAUACUCCGUUCGCUGUAAGACCGCAACUCUUGUGUGCGUCCCCCACCACAUGGCUAUCGAUAUCUAAAUGCCAUUGCACAGUCGUCUCGACGACGCGAAGCGCUUGCACUAGAAUAGAGGUGGGAGUGCGUAUUAUUGAACGAGUUUUGGGCGCCAUUUAGUUGCGCUCUUCUAGCAAACUGAGUGUACUAUUAUGACUUUAAAGUACCACCCUAUUCAGAUUUCCUUACAGAAAAUAUGCUGUCAUUGAAAAUCUGAGAAAUAUUUCUAGUAGAAAAGUUCUUCACGUAUUAAUUGUGUUAAUUUCAGAGAAAAAUGGGUAGGCCUGGGCCUACCCACUGGUUACAUGCAAUUCAUAUAAAAACAAAUUAAAUCAAACUUAAGUACUGACACGAUGUAGGUAUUUAAUAUUAUUCUUUCACUUAUUUUAGCUUAUUCUAUGUUUAAAGUAUCAGGCAAUAAUUAAAAAUAAAAUUUUUAAACAUUUUUACUUUUUCUUUAUCACUUGAAUUAAUAAUAUCAGUUUGUAAACAUUGACUUAGCUGCAAAUGGUAGCUGACGAUAUAUUUGAGUAUUUUAUAUAUAUAUUUGUGAUUAGGGCUCUGCUAUUAAUUAAUCAUAGAUAAUAAAGAAAUGGAUAGGCAACUUCUAUAACAAUUAUAAGUGAGGUGAUGUUCCCGGAAUAGCAAUAAAGGGAGAUUAACUAAGGCAUUUAAUUAUUGUUUUGUUAUCACUUAAAUGCGAUUUUUAUGAGUGAUACUUUUGAUGUUACAUUUGUAAAUUAAUUUAUAAUUUAAUAUUAGUUUACAUUUUUUAUGUUUUAUUAAUGCACAAUUGCACAAUAUUAAUAAUACCUUACAAGUUAAACAUAGAAUUAUAUUUGUUAAUUCAUUAGAGUACGCGUGAGCCACAUUUAGGUAUAAAUAGCAUACAUUUAUAGCUCACGUUUUUUUUUAUGCUAAAUUGAUUAAUCAUAAAUUAAUUGUUGAAAUAUAAUAAAUUAUUUUAGUACAAUAGAACCUCUUUUUCAUUAAACGAAAAAAAAAACAUAGAUAAUAUGGAAAAACAAAACUCCUCAGUUUACUAAUUAAUCUUGGAUUACUGACAAGGCAAGGAUAGCUAAUCCAUUUUUUAUUAUCUAUGUAAAUAAUUAGUGGAUGCAAUAUAGAAAGCACAAAUCUAUGGUACAGUGGCUAAAUAGAUGAUAUGAGAUAACAGUGUUACCACCUUUAUAAGUAUAUUCUACCGAAAUCUGGUUCUAGCUAAACAUUAUUCUAUCAAUGUUUUUCUGAGAUAAAUUAUAUAUUUAUUCUACAAUAAAUAUUGACUUGUAGCUUGUAAAGAGUACACUAGAUGGUGUUAAUGGCCUUGCCCAAAUGCAUAGACCUUAUACUAAUAGACACGAAAUGAUUACACGUCAGGCGUGGAAAGAUAGAGGGCGCUUUGACCGAGUGACUGUAAAUUAUUAUACAUAACAUAAAAGCACAAUGAAAAAAAGCCAUGACCUAUAUUCUGAAUAUUCUUGUUAAUUAUUAAUAAUAUUAAUUUAUCAAUUAUUCCAAUUUCCGAACGCGAAUAUUAAAUGACUGAAUAUUUAAUUAUUUAUUAUUAAAUAGUAAAUAAAUAAUAGCAAAACUGUAAAACCGUUGAUUAUGUGACAUGUGUACAGUAAGUGUACAAUAAUUUGUAUUAGCGUAUUAUUGUAAAAUUAGUAUACUGGUGUCAAGGGGGGCUACAUCACUGUGAUAUGUUUCUACCAUAGAGUUAUAUAGAGGCGGUGUUACCUAUUAAACUGUAUUAUCAGAGUGAUGCCAAACUAGUGGUCAUUGACCUUAAUAAAAUGUCCAUUGAUUAUGCUAUAUAUCGCUAGAUGGCAGUUUUAAAAUAUUGUUACUCUAUGGCAUAGAUAUAUAAAAUAACAUAAUAUUUUAUAGAUCUAUGGUUUGAAUUUGUGCACCAUUUACAAAGUUAUAUUAUUAAUAUUUAUUUUAAAAUAUCGUUAAAAAAUACCUAGUUGUUUCAUUUGUGACAGAAGUAAAAUUGUUAAUCAAAAUCUGAAAAUAUCAGUAAAAUUGUAAAAAUAAAAUUGUUUUUUUUUAUGUAGCUUUAGAUUUAUAAAUUAUAAUUAUAAUAUAAUAGAUAAAAAUAUUAAAAAUAACAUAAUUAGUUAAUAGUAAUAAAUAACAAUAUUAUAAGUGAAAAAUAUUUAUAUUUUUGCUAUGUAUAAAUGCAAAUUUAUACACUUGAGUCAGGCCUACUGUUGCAUCUGGUUAUAAGGAAGGGGAAAUGACAGCUUGGUCGACUGCCGCGCCAGUCUUUGGCUGCCACGUGUGUCCAUUAUUCAAACUAUUUAAAACUAGAUAGCAGUGCGUUCUGUUACUAUUAUUUUAGAUAACUAUAGUUUUAGAUACUAAAUAAGUAAAUAAUAUUAUUAAUUAUAAUAUAAUAAUGUAAUAAUAUUUUUUUUUAUAACAGGUAUAUAUUAUAUAUUAUAUUGUAUAUAGAACAAUAUGUGGAUAUGUUUGUCCUACCUGAUAUUAAUUUUUAGCAUUUAUAGAUAGAUAUUGGAGAGAUAUUAUAGAGCUUGUUUUUUUUUGCGCAGUCUUUUUAUUUUAAUAAUUUAGGUUUUUUAUUUUUUACUGUCAUUUUUUCUGCAGCCUAUCUAUGAAUUCAUGUGUUAAUUUAUCCAGUGUAUACCAUUUUUUCAAAGCUGCAGUAGAUGAGUUUUGUAACUAAAUAAGAUAGCUUAACUGUCAGGUUGGGCUAUCCUUUUUAUGCCUAUUUGUAAUAAAAAAUAUAGAUUGGCGACCAGUUGCCGAUUGGAUUACUUUAUUUAUUAAUAAAGUGUGGGCAAUUUAUAUUUUUAUAAAAUACCAAUAGACUAAGAAAGGUUUUGGCUGAAAUACAAAUUGGUUACAACAGCUAACAUCUUUUCAGCUGAAAUACAGUUCGACUGUUUAAAGUUCCAUGGUGAACGAAGCACCUUACUAUGUUUGCGAAGCAUAUCUUUUUUUUAUGUAUUUCACUUAUGUAUUUUUCUAUGAACCACAAAAUGUUUAUUCAUGCAUCAACUUCUGAGCUCUGCUCAUGAGUGUGCUUCUGUCACAAUUGGUGAUAAUAUUUUUUAUUUACUUUUUAGGGACAGAUGAUGUUCAAAAACCAAAAGUAAAAGAUUUAUAUAAAUACAACAAGAAAAAAUCGGAUGAACUUUAUUUUGUGGAGGAUAUCCCUGUUGGUGGUCACUUACAAAGUAAGAUUUUAAUAGUUUUUUGGACCUCUGGAGUAUUUUGAUUUUGAAUUAUUGUUUUAAAGUUUAUCAUUUCAGAUGUUAAUUUUUUAUAAUUUUUAACUAAAUUUAACACAAACUUGUAUACAUUUUAUUUGUUUUAAUAAUUUGAACAAAUAUUUUUAAGUAUUUAGUACUAAUUGAACCUAAAGUCCCUGAAACAGAUGUUACACUGAUUGAAAAUAAGGUUUUCCAUAGUUUUGCAUGGCCAUAUUUAAGUUUAAUUUUAAAAAUAAGGAGCUGUUACUGUCGAUGAAUGCAUCACUGUAGUAGGUGGGAACUUGGGAAUGUAGGAUUUAUAAAAUUAUUUAAUUUAUGUCUGUAAACAACAAUAAAACAUUACUAACAAAAUAAGAUUCUGAGGGAAGUUCAGUUUCAACAUGUUUUAAAAUGUUGUAAUACUUAAGAUAAUAAUAUUACAAAAAUAACUGAAUACAGUAAAACCUCUCUAUUACGGAAUCGUUUGGGACCAAACAUUUUUCUGUUAUAGAGUUUUCCGUCAUAGAGAGGUAGUAAAAAAAAUUAAGUUUCAAGAUUGUAUGCAUGUAUGUAUGUGUUAAAAAAUUAUAUUUUAGGCAAAUAUGUACUUCGUAAAUUAAUACAGUAAGAUUAUAAUGUAUGACUUAAUAUUUAAAUGUGUUUAUGUAUAAUACUGAAGAACUAAAACUAAGAAUUAAAAAAACAUAGUGAUUCGGUAGGACUACUUUUAAAAAAAAAACCUUUUGCUUCAUAUCCAGCAAUGAGUUUCGAGAUUUUUCGCUUCCACUCCUUCACUGUUUCUUGAUUAACGUCAUUUGACUCACUACUGAUUUGUUUCCAAACAAUAUAAUGCCUUUUUUUAAAUUUUUCCAACCAACCAUUUGAUGCCUUGAAAUCUUUGACAUUCAUUUUUUCUGCCAAUUUCAUAGCUUCUUUUGUUUGUAAAAUUGGACCGGAAAUUGGUAAAUUUUUUGACCGAACGCUGAUAAACCACUCAUACAAAUUUUGGUCAAUUUGUUUAAAUGAAGGAAUUUUCAAUCUUUUACUCUUUCCCGAGUUUUCGCUAUUUACCCAUUCAUCCAUAAUCUUUUCUUUAUUUUUUAUCGCUUCGUAAAAAAUUGAGUUUUUCCACAUUUAAAUCUAUUAAUAAGUUCCUUCAUACUUGGUUUUUGUGUUUCCUUCAACUCAAUUAGUUUAACUUUAUCGGACAAUGUCAGAGCUGUAUAUGACAUAGUAAGUAAAAAUGAAAAUAUGUAUGUACAAAACGAAAUCACAACGACAAUGUAGACGGUGAGCACUUCACGUUUACUAAACGAUAUGAACAAUUCAACAGAAAAAAUACGACUGUGUUGUUCAUAUUUACAAAAUUACGUACGUAGGUUAUCUAAUCUUUUCUACACGAUCAUUAGAAGGUAUUUAAUAAACAAAAAAAUAUACCAAUCGUGAAGUGUCAAAUGAUUUUUCAGAAAAACCUAUAAUUUUUCUUAAAUAAUUUUAUUUUCCGUUUAACAGAGAGUAUUUUCACUAAUUUGAUUAUGAAAAUUGUCCGUUUCCGUUAAGUAGAGGUUUCGUCUUGGAGAGUUCAAUUUUAUAUAUUAUUUGCCCUGGGAUUACUGACAUUUUCCGUUAUAAAGAGGAUUCCGUUUAAUAAAGGGUCCGUUAUAGAGAGGUUUUACUGUAUUCCAUUUUAUUUAUUAAUUAAAAACAAUAAAACCAUUAUUUCCACAAACUCUCUCAUUCUUUCUUCUGAGAAAACAAUGCACUUUGAAUUGUAUUCUAAAGCUUGUUGUGCAUUGCUUGUAUUGUAUUUGUUACACAUAGUUUUAAAUGAGAAUAAGACAUUUUAUUUUACAUAUUUUGACAAUUAUUGAUUUUAGUCAUUUUCUUAAUUUUUGUAGAGUAGUUUACAAUUUGAAAAAUUUGAAGAAUUUGAGUGAAAUUGUAUUAGGAUUUUUAACAUAAUUUUUACAUACAAACUAUUAUGGAGGUACUUGUAUUAUAUUGUCAGACAAUAUUAAUGCCAAAAGUAUUACAUAACAGUAUAGUGGUAUUAACAUGGUAUAUUUAGAUUCGCUAGAUUUCCAGAUACAAUAGAAUUCAAAUUAAAUAAUGAUAAGUAAGUUAAAGAUAACUAGUUUUGUCUGUAAACAUUUUUACAAAUUUAUCUUAAAAUAUUAUUUUUAUCUAAAUAUAUAAAAAUAAAAUAUUUGAAGUACAUUAUUGUUGUAGCGUAAAAUCAUUUUUGGGGUUUUCUUGGGCAUUAAAAUUCCCAGCUCUACUUUUAUAAUUAAUCAAAAAAUAAAUUUAAAUUAUAUUUAAAUAAUUUAGUUAUAUAUGUAUAUAUAUUAUAUAUUUUUUUUCAGAACUCCAAAUGGCAAUGAUGGCCGCUGCAUCAAAAACUUCAAAUAAAAGAUCUUUAGAACCUGGUAAAGUUGUUUAUUAUUUUAAGAAUUAUAAUAAUUUAUUGAAAUAUAACAUAUUUAUAUUAUUAUAUUAUAAUAAUUAAUAAUAAAUAAUAUUAUUUGUUUUCAGAAAAUAAUAUUGCUAAAAAAAUAAAAAUAAAUGCUCCUAAAAAUAAUAAAGAGGGUAAGUUUUAUUUAAUUAUUUAAAUAAUUUUAAUAAUUUAUUGAAAUCUAACAUAUUUAUAUUAUAAUAAUUUAUAAAUAACAUUAUUUGUUUUCAGAAAAUAAUAUUGCUAAAAAAAUAAAAAAAAAUGCUUCUAAAAAUAACAAAGAGGGUAAGAUUUAUUUAAUUAUUUAAUUAAUUAUAAUAAUUUAUUUAAAUCUAACAUAUUUAUAUUAUAAUAAUUAAUAAAUAAUAUUAUUUGUUUUCAGAAAAUAUUGCUAAAAAAAUAAAAACAAAUGCUUCUAAAAAUAAUAAAGAGGGUAAGGUUUAUUUAAUUAUUUAACUAAUUAUAAUAAUUUAUUGAAAUCUAACAUAUUUAUAUUAUAAUAAUUUAUUAAUAAUAUUAUUUGUUUUCAGAAAAUAAUAUUGCUAAAAAAAUAAAAAAAAGUGCUUCUAAAAAGAAUAAAGAGGGUAAGGUUUAUUUAAUUAUUGACUAUUGAUUAUUAAUUAAUGAUUAUUAUACUAUUCAUUGUAUACACAUUUUAAAUAAUAUUUAUCAUGCUUUCAGUGCCAAAAAAUAAAAAAGAAAAAACAACCAGCUUAUUAAGUAACAGGGAAAAAAGGAUUAUUGCACGAAACACUACUAAGGGUAAGGUUUAUUAAAAUUUUUAUUUUUGUGCUUAUAAAUUAUUUAGAUAAUAAAAGUAAUAGUAAAAUAAUAUUAUUUGUCUUCAGGCAAAACUAAAACUAAAAAAGCACAAAUGCACACACAAAAAAAAUAAAAUUGAUCUUGAUAUAUAGAUUUUAUCUUGAUAAAUAUAAUUAUAGUUUGUGUGAUGUUAAUCUUCACUUAUGAUUAAUUCUAUAAUUUGUUGAGAUUUUGUUUUAUUAUAUUUCAAAUUUGUAUUAUUACAAUUUGUUUUUUUACUGGUGUGGAUUACAUUUGUCUAAUAUCAAGUGUACGAUUUGUAUAAUUGAUUUUAUUAACUUUUCAGUUAUAAUUGGUACUAUGUACUUGUUAUUAUAUUAAAAGAAGUUAAAAAGAAAUAGUUGUGUUUCAUUGAUUAUGAAUAUAAUUCAUUUGAAAGUAUUCUGAGUACACACUUUCAAAUCAUCUGUAACAAUUGUGAAGUAUUGUUUUUGAUUAUUUGUUUUUCAAAGUUUUUAGAUUCUAAGUGAAUCAAGAAAUCCAUUAAUUUUUACAAUGAUUUUUAAUUACACUAUUAAACAAAACAAGGAUUGUAAUUUUUGAUUUUUUUUUUUUUUUUUUUAUGUUAUUCAGUUAAAAAUAAUUAAGACUUGGUAUUUUCUUUCUUGUUGUAAUUAUUAAGCUUUUUCUAGAUGUGGUACACUUUUCAAAACAUUCUAGUUAUUUUGAGCUAUUUGUAAUGCCAUUUCAAAUGUUAGAGAUUUUUAUUUUUUAUUUACAUUUAAUUUUUUAGCUUCUCAUAAAUUUCAUAAUUUGAUAUACAUUUAUCAUAAGUUGUUUAUAUGGCACUGUACAAAAAUAAAACAAAAUUGUAAUCCCUGUUUUUUUAAAAAAGAUUAAAAAACUUUUUAUGUUUUAGUUUUGUUAAUGAAAAUUGUAAAAAUCGUAACAUUUUGUGUUCUGAUUUCUGGUAGGGAUAUUAUGUAGAUAAUACUUUUUUGGUCCCAUAAAUAUUAUUAAUUCUAUGAGAUUUAUAAUUCUAAUUGAGGCGUAGAGCACAACAGUGGCUUAGUUUAUAGAAGUAAUACUCCUAUUACAUACAUAGAAUUUGUGUACUCAAGGCAGUUAUAAUAUCUCGUGUAUUUAAAUGAAACAUUCAUAUUGAGGACUAAUGGGUGUGGUCAGUCUGGACGAAUCAAGGUUAGGUAUAGACUGAAAUAUAGACUGUGGUAUGAGAGAGAGCAACUGUUCAUUUCUAGGAUAAUCAAUUAAAACACUCCAUUCUUGUGGUAUUCUGUAUUUUUGUUAUGAAUUAUGAAUAAUAACAUGAAGAUUGAAGACUUGUGAUUUUUGGAGUCAAUACUUUAUUUCAUGAUUUAAACAUAUUUAAUUAAUAUUUGAUAGGUAAUUAAUAUUUAAUAGGUAAUUUGAUACUCAUAUCAAUACAUAUCAAUAAAUUAACAAAUUUUAAUCAAAGUAUUAUUUAUUUUUAGAUAUAAUGCGCCAAGAACAAGAUAAAUUAGGUAAGUUAAAAAUAAAAGUAAAUGAUAGUUAAAAAAAUUAAAAAAAAAAGUUAACCAGUGUAUACUACAGCAUUUUCAUGCUAUCAGUUAUUGUAACAACUUAAAAUUGAAGAUAAUUUAAAAUUUAUUUUUAUAGUUGGUAUUAAACACUAUUAAUGAAAUUUAUUGGUAUAGUAGCAAUCACUAGCAUCUUUAUCAUAGUUCAAAAAUUUGAAUUUUUUCCCCCAUUUUUAGUCAAUUGCAGCUUUCAGUCCUUAGAACGAAGUUUUACCUUCGGGAACACCUUAUUAUACUGAUUAUUAAAUGUUCUGUCUAGAUGUAUAAGUCCAUAAUUGAAAUAUACAAGGUUAUUGCAGAUACUUCUCCACUUAAUCAUUUUUUGAUGCACAGAAAAUAAAAUGGCAGUGUAAUGUUUUUAUUGGCUAUUAUGAGUUCAGAAUUGGCGGCAAUAUUUGUUUUUUGACCUGUUAAUAAUAAAAUAAUUUAAAAUAUACUCAAUGUCUGUAUUACAAAACUAUAUGGUUGUCAUUAUUUUAUCAUAUAGUUAAAUUAUUUAUAAUACCUGCAUUAGGUUAGGUUGAGUUGAAUAUCAUGUUAUAAGAAUACCAUAAUGUGUUUUGUCAUUUAUUGUCAGCAAGUGAUAUUUUAUAACAUUUAAUUUAAUUAUUUCAAAACAUUAUAAUAAAAUAUAUGACACAUAUAGUGUAAUAAAUUAUUAUUUAGAUAUUAAAAUGCUUUCUGCAAUAACCUUGUAUAUUUCAAUCAUGUAUAUGUCUAUGGCAGAUAUAUAUAUAUUUUAUAGUUGUUAUGUUAUCAACGUUGUCAAAGUUACCAACGAAAAAAAGGUAAUAUUUUUAUCAUAAGUUGGUUAAAAAUGUGUAAAAUCAUAAUGGAAUGUCUGCUAUAUAUAUGAGAGUAAUUAUACAUAAUGCGUAUUCUAUGUAUUUGUUCAUUGCUUUUUCAGAGAGUUGAAUUAUCAUGGAACAUAAAGUGUAUUAAUGUAAUAAUGUAAAAGGUGCUGCCAUCUCGGGGAAAAUUAAAAGACCAAAAAUAGGUCAUUGUUAAAUUAAAAUAUAUAGGCUGUCCUAUAAAGUAUACCCCUUGAAUAUCUUCGGAGAUAAUAAUAAAGAUAAUCAAUUUCGGGUUCUUUUUUAUAUUACUGAGAGGAUGAAGACUACAAAUAUUUAUAAUUGUAUUAACAUUUUUUUUACUAAAAAUAUUUAAAAAAUAACUUAAUUUUAUUAUUUUCACACAAUUUUGAGAUAGACAUUCCGUAGAGUUUAUUUUGUUGAAAAUUUUAAUGUAUUAUACAUUUAUAUCCGAUCAAUAAAUAAAAUGCUGGAUAAGUAGAGUUUUGUGUUGCUUACUCAUAUUAAAGACAAAAGUGAAGAUUAUAGAGGAAUAUAAAAAUUAUGAAUACGGGUCAUAGUAUAAAAAUUUGGGUAAAGUGUAUGUAAUUGAGAAAUCAGUAUUAGAAAAUCUGUUAAGUUUUAACCAGGAAAAUCAAUAAUUUGAGAGACCAUACAAUAAAUAGGUUUUAAAAUGGUUUUUGCGACUCAACUGUUAGGCCAGCUGCACAUUGAGAUGUAUGUAAAGUAUGUAACCCAAAAUAGUGAAGCUCAAUUUUUUGUGAUCCACAGAUUUAAAAUUACGAUUGAGAGGCAUGACAGGACGGAGCAUUUUAGAACAUGCGUGAAUCUGCUACACCCUGUGUUUGUGACUUAACUGUGAAUGUGUUACACAGUUUAUAUUAAAAUGUAUACAUGAUCAAUUCACAAAGACCUUCAGAAAAUUCCAACUGAAAACUGACAUCAUUGUAGAAUAUGCCAAAAGUUUCAUUGAGUCUAUUUUUUGUAAAAAAAAUUUAAACUCAUUAACUAUAACUUCUUAUCAUCUUAUCAUCUAUAUCUUAUAAUCAAAAAAUUUAUCAAAUUUUAAGUUGUACUAUUAAAUGUUUUUAAAUAUCAUUCGCAAAAGGUCCAUUCAAAAGUAUUUCAAAAUUUGAAUCGCCAUUUUUGUUAAAGUUUGUAGAAGCGGUUUUAUCUUUCGACUAGAGAUGUCUGUAUUUCUUCUUAAUUAUGGUUAUGUUUAGCCAUUAAAUGCUAUACUAUUUCCCAAUGAGUCCAAUAGGUUUAAAUUCAUAAAAACAGCGAAUGUUUCACAGUUCCCGAUACACUGACUCCAUGUAUUGUUUGGAGUAUAGCAUGUACUAAACAAAUCAAUCAUUUUUGUAUGCAGAUACUAACUCUUAACCGGUAUCUGUAUCAAAAAGGACUAACUCAAGGAUAAACCUUAACUCUUUGGGACACCAAUUUAUUGGUUUUAUUAAACUCGCCAUUACCAAUAGUGAAAUUAGAAUUUUUUUCACGGAUGGGCGAGGAUAUAUUUUAAUUAUUCUGUAACUAUGCAUAUCAUCAGGAGAGGGGAGCAUAAUAAAUUAUACAACAUUAAACAANUAUGAUUAUAUUUAAAUAAAUUUAAAACUUAAGAAGUAAUGGUAUUUUACUGUAUUUUCUUUUCAUUUCAUCAUUAUUCACUAAUAAAAAAGUUAAAAGAGAUAAAUUUUACUUUUAAAAUAUAAACUACAGAUAGUUUGUAGAUUUGAGACAUUGAAAAUUGAGAUAUUAAAAAAAAAUUUUUUGUUGAAACAAUUUAAAUCUAGCACUACUUUUGAAAAAUCCUUUAACACGAUCAUUUUUAAUUUUUUUUCAUAUAACAUAUUUACAAGUAAAAACUGGGCAAUUAAGUUGUGAUUGUCUCCCUUAAAUAUGUUUUUGAGUUCUUAUUAAUAUAUUUGUUUAUGGUUACAGAGAAUGAUCGAAUUGCAAAGAAAUUGAAUGCUACAAAAAAUAAAAAAAAAUUGGUGAAAAAUAAAUCUAAUGACUCAGAAAAUGAUUCCAUGAGGAAGAAAUCACGUGAGUAAAUUUUGAGUAAUAAUUAAAAUGGUACACGGAAAUUCACCGUGUGAUAGAUUUGUAAAGUGAUUUGAAUUCUGAGGGUUCUACUUCUAUUGUUACAUGUUCUUUUUUUUAUACUCAUUUAAUAUGAUAUGGUUAUUGCGCUAUUUCCAGUAAAGCAAAUAUUUAUUCCUAAUGAAAUUUUGGGUCGUAGCAUUUGAUGAUCAAGAGCCCACUCUAAAAAGUAUCAUUUAUAACUUUUUUGUCUGCUUACAAGGUCUGUCCAUAUGAUCUAGUUAACAAGUGACAUGCCGAACGGUAUAGUUUUCGCAUGAAUUUCCAAUAAUUAAAGCCAUCGAUAGUUUAAUCUCUGUACUUUGAUAGUCGUUUGUUAGCUAUAAAAUAUUGUGGAUUUAAGUGAUAAAAUGUAUUUAAAUUUAAAUUAUCAAUAUGAAUUUUACUGCAUUGUUGUAGAAGAUUGGUGUUUUUCCAGCUCUGUAUAUCCUUACAGGACACCUUCAAAUGAAGUUAAACUUUUUGAAUGCGUGAUGUAAAUAUCAAAAUAAUAUGCUUUUUGAGAGUUUUAAUUUUCAACCUCUUUUCUAACUUUUCGUAUGCCCAAAUUUCCUGUUUUCACAGGAAAUAUUGAGGUUUUGAUAUUCCUAAAGACCUUUCUAAGUAAGUAACGAGAUUACAAUGUUUGUAUAUAAAUAACAUUGUUGUUGUGGCAUUUCCUUUAGAAGAUUCAACUUCCAAUCUGCGCCCUAUAUUUUAAUGAUAAUUUUUUAUUUGAUUCCAUAUCAUUACCGGAAGGUGUUUUUUUUUUUUUUUGCGAUCCUGACCGUUUUCACAAUAAUUUAUUAUUAAAAGUUAACCCGGCAAUAAAAAUCCCUUAUUUAUUUAUACCCUUAUACCAAAUCUAUGACACGUCAGUUAUGUAAAACAGACAUUAGUUCAGAGAGUAAAUUUAUUAUGGUUUUGUUCUCUGACAAAUGCCCCUUGUACAUUUGAAAUAAUGUAUUUAAUAAAAAACUUUUACAUAGUUACACAGUGGGAUCAAAAAGUACCCGGUAUACUCGAAUAGCUCGCCAACGCAGUGUCAUGUCCAAAAACAGUAGGAUUGAUAUCACUAGACUCUGUAACUUCUUCGGAGCACAUUUGUAUUUGUAUAUUCUCUAUAACUUUCUAUGUUUUUUAUGUGACCGAUGUUUUCUUAAAAUAUUUUCUUCGCAUUUGAUGAUUUUAUAAUAAACUCAAAAGAAAAGCUUUGUUUAGGAGAGGUUGGUUGGUUUGGUUUUGUUGACACAAUCUUGUUUGGUAGAGGAAUGUAUCGUUGUUUCACAUGACUUUUCCUAACAAAUUUUGACUGAAAAACUGCGGAUGUGCUGAGUGAAAGUUUUUCUCGAGAAUGUGGACGAAGGUGCAAGUUCAGGUUAAUCUGGAACUUUUUGAUAUAGUAAAUCACUGAGAACAUAAUGACAAUUUUUCAUAAUAAAAAUCACUAUGUGUUCAAUAUUAUCAUAAACAUGAAAGAUUAGUCCUCUCUAACCAACAUCCUCCUCCUUCCUUCAAAAGCUUUUAUUUUGGAUUUAUUACACAAUCACCAAAUUCGAAAAAAAAUAUUUUAAGAAAACAUCGNCAGAUGUAUUUCGAUGAAGUCCCAGAAUCCAGUGAUAUCAAUUCUACUUAUCCUGGACAUUCGGUCGGAGCUCAAUUCAAGUAUUCCAUUAUCUUUUUGAUCCCACUACAUACAGAUGAACUAUUUUUCCAUUUAAUCAUCAGCCCUUUCAAUGCAUGUAAUGUGGUGAGGGAUCAAUUUUCGUAUGCCUUGGUCAAAUAACUCUGCCGCCACCUCUUUUGCUAGGACUGGUACUAGAAUAAAAUACUGGUAGUUGGAAUUACCAUUAUUAAUGUAUACCGGUAGUUUUUAUAUUAUUGGUAUUUACUGUAAUUUCCGUAUUAUCAAUAUCACGAUAAUUAAUGUAUGCAUGUAAAUAGGGUCCUUAAAUGCAUAGAGCUUGAGCCAGAAAGGACCAUUGGCACCCAAAUGGUUAUACGUAUCGAACUACUACGAUAGUUUUACAUUAUCAAUUUACUCUGUUGUAUCUAGAAACUGUCACUAUCGAAAUUAUAGUCCAUACUAUUGAAACUAUUGGACUAUCAAGUAGUUCAUUCUAUUGACAAUAACAAUUUUAUCGUAAAAAUGUCUUGACAGGUUGACUGCCAUGAGACCCUUCUGUGAGUAACACAAUGUUUGCAAAGUGUUUUGAGGUAGUUGAUGAUUUUGUUUAUUUCUUUUUUUAUCAGUGUGAAAAUAUUUAUACAAUUUUGUUGAUAAAGAAUUGAUAGUAAAAAUACUAACAACAUGACCCAUCAGUAGUAUACGUUAAAAAUGUAUUAUGUAACACACAUAUGAGUCUUAGAAAAUAAACUGCAUAUCAACUUUGACCCAUGUGUGUGUCACAAGACAUUGUAGCAUCUAUGUAGGAAUGGCUAUGGCAGUCAACAAUGUUAAUAUUGCAUAUUAGAUAUGGUAGCAUAAUUGUGUUUUUUUUUNCAUUUUAAAAUGUAUGCUUAUUUGUUUAUAGGUUAUGAAAUAAAUAACGAUAAUAUCAUAAACACAAGUCGUCGUCAAUUAAAAACUACAGCUUCAGUUUCAUUAACUGAAAAUUUAAGACCUACCUUAAAGCUACAAGGUAAACCUGAUACUUUAGAUAGUUUUGAUAGUAAUGGUAACAUUUAAGGUUUUAUAGAUGAGAUACUAUCAAAAAUUUGAUACAUUUUUAAUAAUUACUUUGUUAUUUUUAUAAAUUAUUAAUAGAUAUCAAUAUUGAUUAUGAGAAAAACAACUCUAGUUCCUCUAGCUGUGAACUAUUGGAACACAAUGUUUUAGCACGAGAAGAUUCCAAUGAUUCAAAAUGUAGUUCAGCUUAUAAUAAGUCAAGUACGAUAAUGAUCUAUUUUAUAAGUAUUUAAUUUUUAAAUAAGAAAUCAUUUUUAAUUAACUUGUAUUAUGAGUUUUUUAUUUUUCAUUUUGUGUGAAUAUUUCAAAUAAUAGAAAUUUCGCCAUAAUCUAAAAAGACUAGCUUAUUUUGCAGUAUUUUGGAACUAGUUUGUGUAUUGAGGUUAUUUUUUUGACAUCUGCUGAUAAACAUGAAACAAUAGUCUUCUCUAACAUACAUCCUCCUGCCUCCCUCUUCAAAACCUUUUAUUUUGGAUUUAUUACAUAAUCGCCAAAUUCGAAAAAAAUAAUUUAAGAAAACAUAGGUUACAUCGGAACAAUGAAAGUUAUAGAGAAUCUACAAAUACAGAUGUAUUUCGAAGAAGUCCCAGAAUCCAGUGAUAACAAUCCUACUUAUCCUAGACACUUCGUUGGAGCACAAUUCAUGUAUUCGGGGAACUUUUUGAUCUCACUACUUACACAUGAACUAUUUUUCCAUGUAGUCCCCACCCCUUUCAAAGCAUGUUAUGAUGUGGUGAGGGAACAAUUUUUGUUUGCUUUGGUCAAAGAACUCUGACGCCACCGCUUUUGCUAGAAAUGGCACUAGAUAAAAUACUGGUACUUGGAAAUAACAUUAUUAAAGUAUCCUGGUAGUUAAUACCACCGUUAGUUUCUAUAUUAUUGGUAUUUACUGUAAUUUCCGUAUCAUCAAUAUCACAAUAAUUAAUGUAUGCACGUAAAUAGGGUCCUGAAAUACAAAAAUCUUGAGUUUUUUUUUUUUUUUAGUAUUUUGCUACUAGUUUGUGUAUCUCAAUACACAAAAAGUAACCUUAGUUUUUUUUUGACAUCUGCUGUUUUCCUAGUAAUUAGGAAAUAAUAAAUUUUAAAAACGGACAAANUCAUGAUUAAAAAUUUUUGUUCAUUUUUGUUUUACCAAAAGAAACCUUGCCCAGUAUUUCAAAAGGGGAUUUAGUAGGUUGUGUUGGAGUUAAUUUACUUUUUUUAAAUGGUUCAUUUCAUAAUCACUCCCGAAAUUGCCAUUAAAUUUGUUAGUAUAAUGGAUUAUUUUUAUCAUAUUGGAGAUGUUGGCAUUUCAAUAACUCAGAACCUAUUAUUUUUGUUCGUAAUAAAUUUUCUUUACCUUCACAAAAGUUUAACUGAAUUCUGACAUCAUCGUAGAAUAUGCCAAAUGUUUCUUUCAGUCUAUUUUUUGUAAAAAUAAUUUAAACUCAUAGUUAACUUCUUUAACUAAUCCGAGCCAUGUUUUCAGUCACAUUAAAAUGUUGGAACUAAAAACCUUUUGUUAUUACUGUAUGAUAGUAUUGUAUUAUCUUGGAUUAAUUUUGCUUGAAAUGAAUAUGAUGUUUGCAUAUCUUACAUGAUGUAAGUUAUGUAGAAUUAUAUUCGAGUCUAAUUUUGAGAUUUGAAAGUACUGGGGCUGUUCAAGUUCUCAAAUUGAAACAAUUAUCUUAUAUUUUGAUAUUAUUUUAAUUCUUUUAAUUAUAAUAUUGCUAAAAUGAAAGAGUAUAAAAAGAUCGAUGUUUUCAAUUUCUAUCCUAUAAUCAAAAUAUUUAUCAAAUUUUAAAUUGUACUAUUAAAUUUUUUUAAAUAUCAUUCGCAAAAGGUCCAAUCAAAAGUAUUUCAAAAUUUGAAUCGCCAUUUUUGUUAAAGUUUGUAGAAGCGGUUUUAUCUUUCGACUAGAGAUGUCUGCAUUUCUUCUUAAUUAUGGUUAUGUUUAGCCAUUGAAUGCAAUACUUUUUCUUAAUGAGUCCAAUAGGUUUAAAUUCAUAAAAACAGCGAAUGUUUCACAGUUCCCGAUACACUGACUCCAUGUAUUGUUUGGAGUAUAGCAUGUACUAAACAAAUCAAUCAUUUUUGUAUGCAGAUACUAACUCUUAACCGGUAUCUGUAUCAAAAAGGACUAACUCAAGGAUAAACCUUAACUCUUUGGGACACCAAUUUAUUGGUUUUAUUAAACUCGCCAUUACCAAUAGUGAAAUUAGAAUUUUUUUCACGGAUGGGCGAGGAUAUAUUUUAAUUAUUCUGUAACUAUGCAUAUCAUCAGGAGAGGGGAGCAUAAUAAAUUAUACAACAUUAAACAAAACACACAUUUUUUUUUAUCAGUUAUGAUUAUAUUUAAAUAAAUUUAAAACUUAAGAAGUAAUGGUAUUUUACUGUAUUUUCUUUUCAUUUCAUCAUUAUUCACUAAUAAAAAAGUUAAAAGAGAUAAAUUUUACUUUUAAAAUAUAAACUACAGAUAGUUUGUAGAUUUGAGACAUUGAAAAUUGAGAUAUUAAAAAAAAAUUUUUUGUUGAAACAAUUUAAAUCUAGCACUACUUUUGAAAAAUCCUUUAACACGAUCAUUUUUAAUUUUUUUUCAUAUAACAUAUUUACAAGUAAAAACUGGGCAAUUAAGUUGUGAUUGUCUCCCUUAAAUAUGUUUUUGAGUUCUUAUUAAUAUAUUUGUUUAUGGUUACAGAGAAUGAUCGAAUUGCAAAGAAAUUGAAUGCUACAAGAAAUAAAAAAAAAUUAGUGAAAAAUAAAUCUAAUGACUCAGUAAAUGAUUCCAUAUGGAAGAAAUCACGUGAGUAAAUUUUGAGUAAUAAUUAAAAUGGUACACGGAAAUUCACCGUGUGAUAGAUUUGUGAAAUGAUUUGAAUUCUGAGGGUUCUACUUCUAUUGUUACAUGUUCUUUAUAUACUCAUUUAAUAUGAUAUGGUUAUUGCGCUAUUUCCAGUAAAGUGAAUAUUUAUUUCUUAUGAAAUUUUGGGUCGUAGCAUUUGAUGAUCAAGAGCCCACUUUAAAAAGUAUCGUUUAUGUAUUAGCGUCUGCCCGAGAGACGUGGCUCAUGGUACGGUUUUCAAACUGCGACUGUUGUGCGGAUUUUAUAAAACACACUAGUUUUCCUCACUUUUUAAAAUAACAGCUCAUGGUCAUUUGUAGUGAAUCUAGAUUUCGUCAUUUUCGAUAUUUUUCGAUUGAAUAAAUUAAUUUAUACAAAUAUAAUUUAAAUUCGUUCAGAAUAAAAUCGCAAUGCGAUGCACGCAAUACAAGAAAUACAUUGAUUCCAGAGCACUACGAUCAUCAAACGCGAAUAUUGUUGACACGCACACGUCGAUUACACAAUGGAAACCAUGAUGAGGCAUUUAUUUUUAAACAAUUCUGAUAAUUUUAUGAUAUUGAUUGGUAUAAAUAGUUUGUGUAGCCAUUGAACUAGCCACAGAUUAUUAUCCUUUUGUUACACAUGGUUCCUUAGAGUGAAAGUUUUUCUGUUGUCAAAUAAGACGGCCACUGCGUGUUGUUUAUUAUUUAUUGUUUUGUUUUAUGCUUAUUUGGUCCACCACUUUGAUCAGAUUAAGAGUAGUUGAAUGUUCUAGCUCAAAUGCGUACUCCUUGUUUCUUAUCUUAUUUGCUACUUCCAUCUAUAGUUCUUUGAGUAUGACCAGUUCAUAAAGUUUUGAUCGAAAUUGACAUGUUUAUAUAAUUCAUGAUUUUCGUCAUGUUUUUUGGUAGGUAGUAGAAAAAUAAAUAGGAAUAAAAUCAUUAAAAAUGUUAGUAAAGGCCAUAAUUUGGCAUUUUUGGAGGUAUUUUAGUGCUGUGUUCAUUCUCGAGGCUGUGCCUGAAGAAUUAUGUUUAGGAAGUCUUACAUUAUCUAGGGUGAAAAUAUUUGAUUUUGUAAUAAUAGUGUUUUGAGUCUUUGGAUGAAAGUGAUGACCUCUAGCAUUUCAAGAUUAGAAUUUUUUGUGAAUUGGUGGUCUAGUUAGUCCGCAAUAAGUUCAACUGUUUUGUCCGCCAACAAAGUCUGUCCAUAUGAUCUAGUUAACAAGUGACAUGCCGAACGGUAUAGUUUUCGCAUGAAUUUCCAAUAAUUAAAGCCAUCGAUAGUUUAAUCUUUGUACUUUGAUAGUCGUUUGUUAGNUUAUCAAUAUGAAUUUUACUGUAUUGUUGUAGAAGAUUGGUGUUUUUCCAGCUCUGUAUAUCCUUACAGGCCCCCUUCAAAUGAAGUUAAAUUUUUUUGUAUGCGUGAUGUAAAUAUCAGAAUAAUAUCAUGCAUUUUGAGAGUU